AUGUCAAAUCAAUCAUUCUGUGGAUGGAACCAACAAGGGGAAGGAGGAGGACCACAGCUGGACCCAAUCCAUUCACUAUCCAUCAAUUCUUGUUAUAGAGAAACUAUCUUGGACGGCUUACUUCCAAUUUUAACAUUCAUCAUUUCAUGCAUCCUCUUGUCAAUACGUCAAGAAACCUUUGCAACCAACGAUUUUCUUCGAUUACCUACAACGAAAACGGUCUCCAUAUUCCGCAGAAGCAUCAUCCUGCUCAUUGUGACAUUACUAGAGAUCAGCAGCUGGGCUUUCGUGUUUGCAUGGCGAUUAGAGAGCGCUAUUCUCGAGAAAUCAAAAGAUACCCGUCCACCACUGUAUCAGAUUGUGGAUCCAAGUUUGGCAUUCAUUCCCCGAAUCUACGUGCUCGCACUCGUCAUCAAGUCAUUCACCACACCAGCGAAUCCAAUGGAUCCAUCAAAAUUCACCAGAUACAGCCAUCACUUCCUAUUGUUCUACGCACUAUUCUUUGUGUCGGCUUUGGUCCGAGUAUUUGAUUACUUCUUUACUGAUAACAAUUGGUUCAUCUCUUCUGGUAUUGAAAAAUCAUUCUCGUUGAUUGAUCUGUGCUUGUGCUUUACGCUGUGGUUUGUAGUCAUUACCUCGCCCACUGAAUUGGAUCAAGGAGAAUUGGUCGACUUCGAAGAUGAUGAUGACGGUGUAUUAGUUCUCCAUGAUGGAAGAGUGGUCAGAAAUGGCCGCAUACUUAGUUUGGAAUCCAGUGCCUCUCCACUCUCAUCAUUGACAUUCAGCUGGAUGAAUUCCUUGCUGAAAUCAGCCUUCAAGACAAAACUAACAGCCGCCGCAUUAUGGGCACUGCCAACAAGACAAAGAGCCAGGGAAAACUAUCGCUUAUUCACCGAGACAAAAUUGCACCAACACCUGUCAAACGCAGCGUUGAUGCAUCGUAUCUACAAUGCCAACAAGAAGAUUAUCUGGUGUCAAUUCAUCACUGCAAUUGGCGCUGUGGUGUUCCACUAUGCCAACCCCUUCUUUUUGAGGAAAUUACUGACAUGGAUACAGGAGCAUCAUCAGGACGAGGAGAGCAGUUCGAAACAAGAGAUUGGGUAUAUGUACUGCAUUGCCUUGUUUGGCUGUAACGUCAUUAGCACACUUGUUGCGUCUCAAACACUACUAUGGGGAAGAAAAUGGCAUGUGACAAUCGUUCAUAUGCUCAACUCUGAAAUAUAUGCGCAUGCAUUGCGAUUGAAAUCAGCUCAUCAACCACCCAAGGGGCAGACGAUAUCAGAGGAGCAGGGAGGCAUGGAUGAGGAAGACGAGCAGGAGCAAGAAGAAGAAGAGGAGGAGGAGGAGGAUCAUGAAGAAUCUGUGCAUCGACGAGCGAGUUUGAUGAGCCAAGAUACCGAAAGGCUCGCUGAAUUAGCCUCCUAUCUUCAUAUAUUCUAUACCUGUCCGCUUGAAAUCGCUGCUGGUGUGAUUUUCCUGUAUCAAAUUCUGGGUAAUUCGUUCUUGGCUGGUCUUAUCGUCAUGGUGGUGGCAUUACCCUCUACGCAUUACAUCAGCCGUCGUCUUAUGCUGGCUCAAUCGCAUCUGACUGACGCCAAAUCUUGGAGAUUACGGUUACUACGAGAGUUGUGUGAUGGUAUCAAGACGAUCAAAUUUUUAGCGUCAGAGAGGCGAUGGGAGCAAGCUAUCACCAAUGCGCGAGAUGAUGAGCUCGUGAAACUGAUCAAGUUGUACACACAAAACACAAUCCUGGGUUUGAUCUGGUUUGCCACACCUGUAUUUGUCACUACGAUAUCGUUUGCCUGGUAUACAAUGGUAGAGAAAAAGACGCUAGAUGCGAGCACUGCUUUUGUGAGUAUCGUCUUGUUUGGUAUGCUGCGUGAUCCGCUCAAUGUCCUGCCUCAAGCCUUCAUGGCUUAUAGCGAUGCAAAACUAAGCUUGGGCCAUAUAAUCACCUUUUUGAAUACAGAAGAAAAGCAGCAAGACACUGACAUUCCACUGCCUCCACAAGACAGACUGGCAUUUACAGAGGCUACUUUUGCAUGGCCAUCUUGCGAGCAUCUGCUGGUUGUUCCUGCAUUUGAGUUUCCUCUGAACAGACUCUCUGUGAUUUCUGGUUCUCCAACUAGUGGCAAGACGAGCCUGAUAGCUGCUUUGAUGGGAGACAUGCCCUGUGUUCAGGGCCAGCUACCUACCUGCAUGCCCAGAGUCGCCUACGUAGCUCAAACUGCUUGGAUCGAGCAUGGCACACUGCGCGAAAACAUCCUCUUUUCGGAGCCCUGGGACGAUGCCCGCUACCGAGCUGUGCUGCAUCAAUGUGAUCUUUUGCGAGACUUGUCUCUGUUGGACAAUGGAGAUUUGACGCUGACAACAGAUAAGGCCCUGUCAAGUACUAUGCGCCACAAGAUAUCCCUGGCUCGUGCCGUCUACGCCAAGGUAGAUACCGUCAUUAUUGAUGAUAUAUUCACUGCAUUCCAAAAAGUGACAUCCACAUUCAUUUACGAAAACUGCAUUCGAGGUGAUUUGAUGCGACAUCGCACCAUCCUUGUAGCAUCUACCUGGCCAGACAUGUUUUGGGCGCGUGAUGCUCAGUUGUUUGUUCAUCUAGACCACGGCCAUGUAGAUGCCAUGGAGACAGACCCUGAAAAGAUUGUUAAUCUCAUCAAACUAAGAAGAUCGCAGCGGCAAGUCAAGCACGAGCCAAAGCCUGCUGCUGCUACUACAACAACAGUGCCAGCAGAUAUCGUUGAUGCCCUGUAUGAGAAUACAGGAGCUAGUAGCACACACAAUACAACGCUGUUUGAAGAGGAUUGCUUUGACGAGGCAUCCAUCAUUCCUGACUCUAUUCGACAAGAACAAGAAGACUCCAGUACAGCGGCAGAUGCAGUGUAUAAAUCAAGAGACUAUGCCUAUGCUACUUACUAUGCUGCCUGUGGCGGUUGGAGAUACUGGACCGCUGCUAUCUUGUUUACCUUGUUUGCAAGAUUAGCAAACAUUUCAGAGAGUUAUUGGCUAAAGGAAGGUACAAAGCUUCGACUCGUGUCGUUUUGA